AUCGGAAGUAGAAGGAAGAGAGGCGCGGGUCAGGCUUUCGUAGCGGCAAGAAGAAACGUGAGUAAACAUCACCGCAAGGCAAUGAAGAUGAGUUUCUCUCUAUCCUCACUUCAGCCUUCUAGCAACAGUCUAGAAAGGCGGAAGCAAGUGAGCAUGCCGUUAGAAAGACCGUACAACAGUCUUACCAAAAAAAGAAAAGAUCCAAAACAAAUGCAAUGUCAAAGAAUGUGGACUAACAGAGAAGAUAGCAAAGAUGACUUUUGGGCCGCAAUACGGUCCAAUUAUGAUUAUAUUAUGGAUACUAAUUUAAUAGAUAGUUGUAAGGAAGCUAAUGGUGAAUUAACCUGGGACGAGACAGACGUAUCCACUCAGUCCUGGAGUUUGAAGGAAGUUAGUUGCCAAUUUUCAGAGCUUUAUUCGUGGUUAAGAGUCCUUCAGGAAUUAGUUUAUUCUAAAGAAGAAAAUCUUUUGGACAAAAGCCUACGUGCGGCUCACAUGGAGGAGUUGCGACGUAGGGCAUAUAGAAGAAAAUUGUUCAACGAACAAGCAGAAAAAUUAGUAGCAUGCACCCCUGCAUUAAAAGAUGAAGUGGCGUGGCGUGUUAAUCAUUUGAAUGCAAAGUGGGAAUUAGUAGAACAAAUUAUGGCACCUGUAGAACGGACUGUGUCCGACGAACAGGACGUAUCUGCAGACUUUGAACACGAAGUGAGAUGUUUAAGAAAAUGGUUACGAGAAAUGGAAUCGCGUUUGAAGCCAUUGAGUUUUCACGUAGAUUGGACUUUAGCAGAAUUAGAAGAAAAGGCAAUGGAGCAUAUGAUACUCCAACGAGACAUAGAGGCACACGGGCGUAUCGUAAGCUCGGUCGUGAAGUUGAGCGAGAGAGUGUUCAAGCAACGACAGCAACAGUCGGCCCAAUCAUUGAGAGUCGCGAGAUCGCUCGAGCGUCGCUGGCAUCUUCUCUUUUUGCGUGCACUCGAGUGGCAGUGUCAUAUCGAAACCCUUGCGUCGCGAGCGAGCAAUAAGAGUGGCGUUUCUUGCCAAUGCAGUAGCGAGAGCGACGAGGAGCCGGUCACGAAACAGCCUCGCUUGAGUCGUAGCAGACAAUCUUGUGGCUCCGGAAGAGAAUCUCCUGCCUCCGCUGGUACUACUCCGACUACAACGAUCACUAACAGCACUACUACAACUACAACUACUAUUACUACUACUACUAGUACUACUUCUAAAUACGUUCGUACGAAGCAAACAAAGCGUUUUAGAUCUCGAAUAAGGAGAGAUUCUGAGAGAACGAAUAGUUCAAGAAACGAAUUUUCGGAUAGCGAUGCUUCGUCCGAGAUUCGAUCCAUCGACGAAGGAUCCUACUUUGAGGAUGAAUUAUGUCAAUUCUGUGUGAUGGAUGCUAAGUUCGAGGAGGCAGAAAGUAGUAUCACUAGAAUAGCUCACGGAGUAGCGAUAGAAACGGGAGACCAAGGGGAAGAGGCUGACGUAGAAGAAGAGGAAAGAGACGACAUGCCACCGACACCUAAUACCGCACCGAUGACGUCGUCUACGACGACGAUAAUACGAAACCAGACGGCUGAACAGGCUAAAGAAUCCGUACCAUCGAAAGAGACCCUGAAGAGACGUCGUUCUCCAACACCAUCCACAAGUGCAUCACCGAUUGAGGAGACAGCUUCCUUCAACACAUCCGACAGAAAAUCAAAGAACUGCGCCAUCUUUUAUUUCAAACAUUUAGAUACGGAUUCGGAGGUGGAUUGUUGUCAGGCGAACGAAGAAUCCGCAAACAUGGUGGAUGAUUCCUCCGAGGAAGAAUGGACUUAUACGUCCUCCCGUGCUAAUAAUUAUGUCUGCUCGGAGGAGAGGAAGACAAACGUAGUCGUUCGAUUAGAUUUCAACGAGACGCCGCGUGUUAGCAUGAAUGAGAAUCUGCGAUUUGUAGAAAACGAUGAUAGAAUGGCUAAAGUCAAAGAGAACGAAGAGAUGGAGGAGCAGAGAAUAUCGAAGAGACCGACGAAGAAUGUCGAUCGCGAGGAAGAGGAGGAGGAGGAGGAGGAAGAGGAGGAGGAGGAGGAGGAGGAGGAGGAGGAGGAGGUGGCAGCGAUAGCGGAUACUCCGGAAAAGGAUAGCGAUGACGAUGCGAAGAGCGACAAAGCUAGCAUAGGAAGAUUGAUAAAGGAAGUAGAAAAGUUGGUGAGGGAAGAGAGACAGGCUACUUUUUCCAGAACGUUUCCUCCUUUGAUAUUUGAGGAAAAAAAGGGGGCAACGAUGAAUCACCGGGCGAAAUAUGCUCGUAUAAAGGAAUGGUUGAGAAUGAACUCGGCAAGAGGUCAUGAAGUUGCGAGGACGGGCUUGUUACAGCCCCUAGACAGCUGUGACGCGAGUGGGGAAUAUACGACGGAGGAAUCCGACGGGGAGAGGCAAUCUGUCUCGUCGGAGGAUCUACAGAGUAGUGUCGCGACCUAUCGUCGCUUUGAAAGCGGAGCUCUCGGCCGAGCACAAUCGCAGUCGAUGUCGCAAGAAAUAAUCGAGGACUUUGAUAAAACGCCCGUCAAUGAGAACCGUUCGGUAUUGGAUAGUAGUACACCAAAAGUUAUAAUGCGUUCGAGACAGAAAACGAAUGGUCCUAGACCUUGGAGCGUUUCUUGCAUAUCGCAGAUAGCUUCGAGCUCCGGAUUGAAUCAGGUCAAUGAUUCCAUCUCGCAAUUCUCGAUCUCGCAAUCGGAGACAGCUCUGCAUCAGCUCGUUGUAUCGCCGCCAACUAAAUCUAUAUCGUUGGAUGCUGCAGGUUUGCCUAAGUCAUUUAAUAAUUCAACGUCGACGUUGCUAGAGGAGUCGAUCAUAUGUCAAGACGGACGUACGGCUAGAAAUAGUUCAUUACGUAGGAAGAAAAGUAGGCUAAAGAAGAAACAUUUGGGUCGGAAGAGUGGUUCUAGCUCCGAAUGUGUCAGUGGAAAUCAUCAUUCGGCAGGAAGCGAUGGUAGUUUGAAUCAACAAAGAUCUCUUCGUAAGAUGAACACGAAUCGAGUUUUACGUGCAGUUUCAAGGGAAUGUUAUGGACAUUCGACGACUCUUGUUAAAUCUGGUUCCUUCUCAGGAUGUACCGCUCAUCAACAAUUAAACGCUGAAACAUUGCCCGUGGGCGAUCCUUCACUGGCAUUUGCUAUGCCCUGCUGUCGUGACUUGGUUGCUUCAACGGAGGCGGAAGAAGAGGAACGUAGUUGUAUCAAAGGUUGUUCCACUUACGAAGACAGUUUAUUAGACACUGUCCUCAAUAGCAAAGAACUCUGCAAUCGACAAUCUAACGUUGACAGUGACGUAGAAAUGAAUAGCCUUGGUAACAAUUCUUUCUCAGAGCAAGCUUGGGAUAAUUAUCAGGAAAAAUAUAUGAGCGAAACAUACAGCGAAGCGCCGGACGUAGAAACAGCACGAAGAUUGUUGGACUUUGGAGAUGAUUAUAGAAACUUUCUCGAUAGUCAAUCGGACUGUGCUUCUAGCAUGAGUGCCCUUCCUGGUAGUUCAUCAGUGAUGCCUCGAAAUCGGAUGCGCCAUGAAGUAACCGACACUACCGAAGAUAGUGACAGCGACGUGGAAGACAUACGUAAUGUCCUUGAAAAGUCACAAUCGCAAUGCGUGCUUGCCGAAAAUCUUUUUUUAAGAUCAAAUGGAACUUUGCCGCAGGAAAGCGUCGAAGUGGAAAGUGCGUGCAGGGAGAAUUUAAGAUGUCUAAACACGUUGCUCGAAUCUAUUAGCGGAUCAUUCCGGACUGAGAAAUAUACGAAGCAAGUUCGUGGCGCAAUAGAAAGAUGGGAAUCGUUAGCAUCUCGGGUGGAGGAAAGUCGAAUGGCGAGUUCGCUUCAUCAGGAGUUAUCCGCGAUGCUGUUGGAAUUUAAAGCCUCGCACGACAGGCUUGUGGCUUACGAGAUCGUUUUGGAACAACCUCACAUUCUGGACGAGCGUAUUAAUCGAAUCACGGCAGAGUUGAUCGCUCUAAGGGAACGCAAGGCAGCGAUGUUGGCAUUGAACGUCUCGGCGCAUCGAUUGAUCACCGAUCUAGGUACCUCAACGUCUUUGAUUUUUACGGCCUUGAAGGACGGCGUAGCUGAUCUUUACAGAGUUUGGGACGAGACGUUUCAAAGAGGAAAUCAACGUCUAUGCGCUCUUCAAACUGUCCAACAAUUCAGCAUACGUCUGUCGGAACUCCAAUGCGAUUUACGUAGAGACAAGGACACCUUGGCGGUGCUGGACGUUGCUCUUCAAGCCGGUGCUACUUCGGAGGUUGCCUCUUCCGUACGUCACGUUGCUCGUCUUCUUUCAGAGAAGCAAGAGGUUCAUUCUCAGAACGAGACGGUGAUAAUGAACGAUGCGACGAUCGCGGAAGUAACUGCAUGUCCUCUGGCAAAGUUCACUGAUCAAUCGGCGACGUUGUUGAACCAAGAAGGUGGCUCACUAUCGGACAGUGGAAUAUCUGAUAGCGGUAGCGAGCAAGAGCUGAGCGAACGAGAACGUCGAUUGGCAGCUCUUCGUCGUCUGACGCGUAGCUUGGAGAAUCAACUCGAUCCAGGAAGCGAAGCUCUAACCGAACUUUGGAAAAGGGUCGAGGACGCUGAAAUCGAGCUACGUGAUUUACAGAAACAGUGUCGCGAAUUGAUCGUUCGUACUGCAGCCAGCGUUGAAAGUCGUACCGUUAAAAGAAUGUCUGGUCAACAUCAUUAUCGUACCGACAAACGCAAGAAGGCAUCUGGCAAUGGUGACAACAACUUUGAUGACGAUGCAAUCAAAGAUCAAUCAGAGAUGGACUCUGGUUAUGUUGGUAUGACAAAAUCCGAGGACACUGGUGAUCCGGAGAACGAACCGGACAUUCCUCAUAGUUGGAUAUGGCGUAUCCUGAGGGCCGCGUUGCCCUUUCAGUUGGCUCUAGUCGCUCUUUUCUGUGCCGCCUGUCUUCUCGAACCACAUUGCUGCGAAGCGGCCAACACCCUCAAUCUCUCUUUGACUCCGCAGCUCCGUUACGUCAGAGGACCCCCUCCAGUGUAAAUAAACGUCGUGUCCAGUUCGACCGAUUCGUUACAGCACAGAAUAUGUGUGGGUGUUUGCGUGUAUGUGUAUGUGUACGUCACGUGUGCGCAUGUGUGUACAUAUGUGGUGUGUGUAUUCGUAUAUGUGUGUAUGCUCGAUGACACUGCCAUCGUAACUUGAUCGACAACUUUUUUCUUUCUAGUUUACGCAUGUCCUCGUUGUUUCCUUGAUUUAUAUAUAUAUAUAUAUAUAUAUAUAUAUAUAUAUAUAUAUAUAUAUGUAUGUAUGUAUAUAUAUAUGUAUAUAUGUAUAUGUAUGUAUGUUUUUGCACACUGCCUGCUUCGUCGUCAGAUCGACGAUUAAUUUUUCAUUACGCUCAAAUUUUCUUACGCGAGGAAUACUGGAAAGGGAUAGUCUUUGUUCGAAAAUUGAUUUAAAGAUUUCAUUGGAGAACUUGUUUAAUCGCUUCGUUCGAGUUACGACGAUCGAGCAUAUUUUUAUUUGUUCUUUUCUUUUUUUUUAUAUAUAUAUCUUUAUUUAUAGAAAUGCUAUUUAUCAAACAAAGACAUAAACGAGAGAAGACCGGGUAAGUAUAUACGUACUAUAUAUAUGUGUGUAUAUAUAUAUAUAUAUAUAUAUAUAUAUAGUACAUGAACGACCAUGUGUCGAGAAAGUUUUCAAAUGGAUUUACUAAUUUGAUAUGAUUGAUAUACAAUAUAUAUAUAUAUAUAUAUAUAUAUAUAUAUAUAUAUAUGUAUAUAAUAUAAUAUAUAUACACGCAUGUGUGUGUAGAAGUUACACAAAGAUAUAUACGUAUAUCUAAUGUAUUCGAGAAGGAAUACGAGGAAUAAUAUUUUUUACAAAGGACCGGUUAAUAUAAUAUGGCGAAUUUGAAGUCGCAACGACUAAUGACGUUAUAAUGAUUACAUGGAAGAUCAUAAUGAUCGAGUUGAAUUAUUAACGACCGGUUAACGAUAGAAUUCUUUCUUUAUUUUUUAUUGUUAGAAGAAGAAAUAUAUAUUUAUUGAAAGAUGUACGGCGGACCAAUAUGGCAGCCGAAUAUACCAUUUCCGAAUAAAAGCGGCUUGCUUUCGGAAGGUGAAAAACAUCGCGUAGAAUGAAAAAUCGAAAUUGAGUUCGGUUUAGACGUACCAGUAUUGCGAGUAUUUACACAUUAUACGUUACUACUCUCGCAGAAAGAUUUAUACGACCCGACUUUAAAGAGAGAGCCCUUUAUUUGUCUGGGUAGGAGGAGGAGAAAGAGGAAGUAGAAUAAGAAUAAGAAGAAGAAGAAGAAGAAGUAGAAGAAGAAGAAGAAGAAGAAGAAGAAGAAGAAGAAACAGGCGUAGAACGAAGUAGUAAAACCGAUUUUGUUUCUACUGUCGUUCCUCGAGACAGUGACAGAAUUGGAAAGUAGGCUCUGAUUUGGUGAUAAAGCCUUCGAAGGAAUCAGAUGGAUAGAUAGAUAGAGAGAGAGAGAGAGAGAGAGAGAGAAAGAGAAAGAAAGAGAAAGUAGAAGAAAGAGAAAGAUAGACAAAGAGAGAAAAAUGUAAGUUUCAUUGGGGAUAACGGGAAAUCGUUCUCCGGACCAGUAUUUUUCUAUUUUCGUCCAGAUUCACUGCACAUACGUACGUACGUAGCUUGUUAGAACAUGAUCUCCCGUCGCCAUCUUCAUUUCUCGUUAUCAUCGAACACACCACGGCUCGCUCACGUUUUCGCCAUUUAUUUCGUCUUUCGUUUUUGCUUUUUUUUUUUUUAAUGCUUUUUUUCUCAAUAUAAUUCUCUUACUAACGAGAGAGAAAAGUUUUUCAUCGUUAGAAUUCGAAUUAGAUCGGAAAAUGAUAAGUGCCAAAAUUCCGAAUGCUAAUUUGAAUUCGUUAAACAUCGUGUUCAUCAGUUUUGUUUUCUUUAUAAUUAUGGUGUAUAUAUACGAUCGAUUACGACGUAUAACGAGAAGAUUAUCUACAAGAGAUUAGAUUUUCGCUUAUUAUAAAGCGUGUUACUGCCAUCGUAGAAGAGAAGAGACGUUCAUUAAAAAUUCUUAUUUGCUCGUCGUUUAUAAUGAACAAACGGAUGGGCGAGAUAGAUAAAAAAGUGUUAGAAGGAGUAUCGUCUGUUAUAAUACAGACUUUGAUGCUAAUCGAACAGCUAAUAACGAGGAUCGACAACAAUCCAUUUAGAGAGAUAGCACAACUAUUUUCAUUGCUUUUCAUUUCUUUUCUUUUUUUUUUUUUAUCUCCAUUUCUUUUCCUUUCGAUAUCGAUGCGCUUUGAUAUCGAGUCGUUUACUAAUACGUUAAAAAGAAAAUAAAUAAAACGAUCAACUGUGUUUUUUACAGUUAAAGUAGAUAACCGAAAACAGUUUGAUGAUUCGCGUGUUUUUAAUACGCGAAGAUGGAAAAAUAUUUGUAAAGACGUGAAAUCGACAUCGACUACCGAACGUGUCAUCGUCUUGUACAUAUAUAUACACUCAUACAACGAGCUUAUUUUUUCUUUUUCUUUUUGUUUUUUACUUCAUCGUUGAGAACAUCAAUCAAUCGUGUUUUUUGAGGUAAAGCGUAGAGAGAUAGUUAUACGUUUUGUGUAAAAUUUUUCACGAUUUACCACAUGGACACAUUUAACAAAAUUUUUUUACGACGAAUUACGAUUACAGGACAAUUCUAUUGCAAUCGCGAUGAUGACCCCAGAUUAUUCGCACGAUGCUUACCGUGUAAGCGUACUCAUUUGUGUGUAUCGAAAAAAAAAAAUAAAAAUAGAAAUAAAAUAAAAUAAAAAUAAAGAUAAAAAAUAAAAAUAAAAUAAAAAAAUUAGCAAUAAUGUAUUGCUAACGCUUGCUCGAAUUCAUUAAAGAUGACUAGCGACGCACUUAAAUCCACAAUCGACGAAAUGCAUUUUGCAGACCAUUUUACAUCUUUUACAUUAUACGUUAUGACGUAUCGCAACGAUAUUAUUCGAAUGCAUUUUCAUAAAAAUCGCGUACAUCGAUAUUACUCGAGUAAGUACGUGUUGGUGUCUUAAAAGAAGAUUCACCAUUAAACGUUCAACAUUGAACGUUCGACGAAAAACUUGCAAGUUUUUCGCAAUUAAAGGAACAAUUGAUGAUCGAUCGAUCGAUAGAUCGGUCGUACUUGUACAUUUAUGAUUUAUGUACUGCAACAAUAACGAAGGAGAGAGUAUGCAAUAAUAGCUAUACUUAUCGCUCUCCUUCUUUUAGAAUAAUGUGGGAUUUUAAAAAAACACAAAAAAAGUUAAUAAAAAAAUGAAAGAAAGAAAAAAAGAGAGAGUAAGAAAGAAAGAGAUAGAGGGAGACAGAGAGAAACGUUGAAGAUAAAGAUACGAAGAUAAAAUAAAAAGUUUGUUGACAUGAUCGACGACGAUCUAUAUCAUCUAUCGUACCAGUAUCAACGAAAUGUACAACUUUUUUCAAACGAUUCCCUCGUUUCAUUACUAUCAUUAUUAUUAUUAGUAAUAUUAUUAUUAUUAAUAUUAUUAUUAUUAUUAUUUUUCUUUUUCUUUUUCUUUUUUUUUUUACACAACUAUCUUAGCUAAUUUCUUUAACGACUAUAAUUGUGUUAUAGAUCAUGAUUUCAUCCGUAAAAUCGUUCGUUUUGAGAGGACAAGUGUAAAUAGACGGUUUCGAAAUCGUUUUUUCGAUACUAUCGAAUAGUAUUAUGUCUAGUAUAGCAUGGCGCUGUUCUUAAAUUUUUAACUAUUUCAAAGCUUCAAUUUUACGUUUUCUUCUUCGGGAUGAUUUUUAAUCAAAUGAUGGAAUAUUAUUCGAUAAAGUCGGACGUUUUACUUUGAUGUAUCGAAAUUGAUCGAACGACGAAUUCGAAGGGAUAAAUUCUAAUUUGUUCGUCGAUCGAUUGAUAGAUAAAUCGAUAAACAGAUAGAUCGAUAGAAAAAUAGAUCGAUUUCACCGUCUCCCAUUAAUAUUUUCUUCUCCUUUAGCCCAAACUUGAAAGUUAUCUUGUGCUUUGGAGAUUUUACUUUGAAUAAUUGUUAAAUUAUUUCAAUCGUCGAUUGAAUGUUUUUAUACUACACGAUUAAAAUUUUAUGAGUUUUGAAAUUUUAAUAUCAACUGGAAAUGUCAUUUUAAUUAUUUUUACGUAUUAGAUUUUUUUUUUUUUUAAAUUUAAUCCAUUUUACGUUUUGUUGGGCAUCUUUCGUUUCAUCGGUUUCUCUCAUUUUCAUUUUCAUUUCAUCGAAAUAUGUAAGCAAAUGUGGAGAAGUAAGGUAUAUUUAAAAAAAAAAAGGAAAAAGAAAAGAAAAAAAAUUUGCGCUUUUACUUCUCACUUACAUUCAUGAUACAUGUAUAAAGUACCUGAGAAAUCAAAAUAUUUUACGUUUAAUGAUAAUAUGCAGUAUCUCUUCGCUUGCAUUCGUGAUGAUGCAUUUUUCAUUUCAUGUUCUUUUUUUUUGUAUUUUUUUUUUGUAUUUUAUAUUAAGACAUCCACAUAUCGUGGCUGUUUAAACUUACAAGAUGCGUUCGAUUGAUAAAUACAUAACAAUCGUAUUCGUAUCUCCUGCAUGCGAUCCUUUUCCUUAAAAAUUAUUAUCCUCAAACGAUAUAAUAAUAAUAUUUCUGUAAAAAAAAAAAAAAAAAAAAAAUAAGGGAAAAAGGAAAAAAAAGUAGAAAGAGAGAAUUACAAUCCUUAAGAAACAUUUGACGUUGCGUUGGUGUCUACAAGUUUUUGUGUUUUUAUUUUCUUUUUUGUUUCUUUUUUUUUUCUUCGUUUUAUUUUUGUUCCUUUUUUUUUUCUUUACUACAAUUUACUACUUAGCUAGUAACUCUUUGUCUUUGCUGUUACUGUUUCUUCCUGUUAAUUAUUAUUACAUCACUUAUAAAACCUGUAGACAAACCCACGAUAUCACGUCUCUAUUUUGCCGGGUCUUUUUUUUUUUUUUUUUUUAAGGAACUACUUGUAACAUGAGAAUGGUUCUAGAAUAUAUUAGAGCUAUAUAUUUUCAAGAUUAAACGUGUACGUCAUGUUAAAGAAUCUGGUUCGUUGGUUCACUGAAGUUGAACUUUAAAAAGAAAAAGAAAGGAUUACUAUUUUUCUAAGAUUUCAAGCCUACAAGUAGCGAAGAGCAUCCAAACAAUCAAAAACUAAUCGGUGACUAACGAGCACGAUUCUUAAAAAAAAAAAGAAUAAAAAAAGACUAUUAAAAUUUUAUUAAUGGUAUGCUGAUCAUUUCAAUGUUAUAAGCUUGUUUUUAUUUGUAUAUGUCGAAUGGUAACGAAAAAUUUGUCUAUAUGUCAGUCUCUUGACAAGACUUUAAAAAUUAUUGUUAAUUGUUUUAAUCAACUUAUAAAUACAUAAAAGUUUAUAAAAACGAACGAUGAAAUUUAAACAAUCAAGUUGAAGAAAAAAAACAAUUUUUUAUUAGUUGUAUCAUUGUUCUUGCAUACAGACGAUUUUUCGUUACUCUGUCUACUUCGAAGAGAUAAAUAUUGAAUUUCGCACUUUUAUAGUGAUACAAUAUAUCUUCAAAUAAUACCUGAACUGUAAAACACGUUGCCGAGAGAGCGAGAGAGAGAGAGAGAGAGAGAGAGAGAGAGAGAGAGAGAGAGAGAGAGAGAGAGAGAGAGAGAGAGAGAGAGAAAGAGAAAGAGAGAGAAAUAAUCGUAUCCGCAUUUACGAAACAUUGUGUAAUGUAUUUCGGCACCUUGAAAUAAAAAUAAAUUACAAAUUCUUUAA